AUGUUUGAUGAAGACCAACCACAAGAAGUUUAUGACACCAACAUUGCAGAUAUAGAGUAUGACUUUGAAGAUAAUGUUCAACAUGUUAAUGAGAGUGAACCUGAAGGAGUCCUUAAUGCUGAUGGAACAGAUAAUGGACGCAAGUUUUUAAGCAACGAAGAGCGUAAGGCCAUUGCUCAUCUUCUUUUGCAGCACAACCAUGUAGGAAGACUGAAAAAAGGGACUAGAAAAUUGAUUGCGUCAAUGUAUUCAGUCUCUGUUAGUGUCAUUAAACGUAUUUGGAAGAGAGCAAAACUCACAGGAGAUGUGUCUCAUAGGAAAACAACAAAUUGUGGGCGAAAAAGGAUUGAACUGGAUCAUGAUCAAUUUCUUCAAGUUCCAUUAUCAAAAAGGUCCACUUUGCGAGAUUUAGCUGAAGCUUUGAAAAUAAACAAGUCCAGUUUAUCGAGAAUGCAGAAGCGUGGAUGUAUAAAACGCCACACAAGUGCAAUUAAGCCUUGCUUGACUGAAGCAAACAAGAUAGAAAAACUAAAGUUUUGCUUGUCAAUGUUGGAUAGUAGUACAAUGCCACAUGAUCCAACCUUCAAAACAAUGCAUAACAUUGUACAUAUAGACGAAAAGUGGUUUUAUAUGACCAAAAAAUCUAUGAAGUAUUACUUGCUACCGGAUGAAGACGAGCCACACCGCACUUGCAAGAGCAAGAACUUUAUCGGAAAGGUAAUGUUCUUAACUGCAAUUACCCGCCCAAGAUUUGAUGUUGAAGGGAACGAAACAUUUUCUGGUAAAAUAGGUGUUUUUCCGUUCAUCUACAAAGAGCCAGCAAAGAGAAAUAGUGUAAAUAGAGUUGCAGGAACUCUUGAAACAAAAUCCAUCACUUCAGUCAAUAGAGAAAUUUGUAGAAAGUUUUUGAUCGAAAAAGUUAUUCCUGCCAUAAAACAAAAGUGGCCAAGAGAUGAAAUAGGCCAACCAAUUUUCAUUCAACAGGAUAACGCAAGAUGUCACGUCAAUGAGAACGACAUUGAAUUUCGUCAAGCUGCCUCACAAGAUGGGUUCGACAUUCGACUGAUGUGUCAACCUCCCAAUUCCCCUGAACUAAAUGUCUUAGACCUUGGCUUCUUCAGUGCCAUUCAAUCACUGCAACAUAAGGAAGCACCGAAGACUAUUGAUGAUCUAGUUGCGGCAGUGGAAAAAUCAUUUGAAAUAUUUCCAUCCCACUUGAGCAAUAAGAUUUUCAUAUCACUACAAACAUGUAUGGUAGAAAUAAUGAAGGCAAAAGGUUCGAACAAAUUCAGUAUUCCACAUAUAAAGAAAGAUGUUAUGCAAAGACAAGGACGGCUACCGGUGUCUAUCAAAUGUGAUUCAUCAUUAGUGGAAGAAGUGCUUGAUCAUUUGAAUUCGCAUUAG